AUAUACAUUUUUGUAUUUAUUUGUCUUAAUGUUAAACCACACUGGCUUCUUAUACAUAAAUUAACUUUACACGCACUUACGUUCUUUACUAUAGCUUCUGUGUUCGUGCGAGGUUGUAUCCAAGAUGGCACCCGUUAAAUCCAAGAAAGCUUCCAAAAAGAAGUCGACCUUGACUUUUAACAUUGAUUGCACACAUCCAGUUGAAGAUGGAAUAAUGAAAGUAGAUGAUCUGAAAAACUUUUUGUUAAGCAAGAUCAAAGUGAACAAUAAGCUUAAUAAUUUGGAUCAGAUCACUUUGGAAGCAGCCAAAAACAAAAUAUCAUUGGUUUCUGAAAAGCCAUUUUCUAAAAGAUACUUAAAAUAUCUUACUAAAAAGUAUUUAAAAAAGAACAAUCUAAGAGAUUGGCUUCGAGUUGUUGCUUCAUCUCACACAGAUUAUGAACUCAGAUACUUCCAAAUUAACAACGAUGAUGAUGAAGAAAAUGAUGAUAAUGAAUAAAUUUUCUAGCUAAA